AAGACAUGACCAGACACUGAGACACUGCAUCUACGGUAGAGCUAUAAUUAAACGUUGCUCAAGAAACGCAAACAUGGGCACCGAUCAGAAUCAGAUGAACUAGAAGGUUGCCUGAUUGCUUCAAACAUACUGGAUUAUGGUGUCCUGUCCUGUCCUGUACCCAUGCUUGGAUUGGACCAAUCACCUAACGAAAGCUUUUGCCUUUUCCUGUCGAGAGAAAACCCAAGAUCUACCUCCUCCCGGUUCCUCGCCGAUCGAGAUCUACCCCCAAUCCCUUCUCCCCCUCCAGGCGACGGGCGCCGGAGGCCGACGGCGACGGGGCAGCACAUUGCCUCUGAUUGAUUGAUCGACAGAAGUCUCGCGACCCGGCCCCCGCUUCGCCGUGAUCCGGCGACCCAACGAGCCGAGCCGAGCCGAGCCGAGCAGAGCAGCUCGUCGCCGAGCACCGAAAUGGGGUCGUUCAACGGCCACGUCCUGCCGGGGACGCUGUUCCUGGCGGUGGGCUUGUGGCGGGUGUGGUCCAGCGUCGCGCGCUUCGCCGCCGACCCGCCGGCGUUCCGCGUCCGCACGUGGAACCCCCUCCCCAAGGGCCCCCGCCUGCUGGAGCUCUACUUGGUGGCCGGCGGCGCGUUCCUGGACAUGUGCCUGGAGCUCGGCGGCGGCAUCCUCGCCGGCGGCGCCCGGGUCGGCCCGGACAGCCUCAUCUACCUCGAGCACGCCGGCAUGCUGCUCAUGUUCUUCCUCUUCGGCGCGCUCGCCCUCCUCUCCCAGAAGACAAGCAGGUACCUGCCGCUGACCGACGGCGAGCUGAGCCUAGUGGCAGCGACGGCAUUCACGUCAGAGCUGCUUCUCUUCUCCUACCACUCCGCCACCCACACGGGGCUAGAGGGCUACUACCACCACCUCCUGGUCCUCCUCAUCGGCCUCUGCAUCCUCUCCACCGUCCUGGGCGCGCUCUCGCCGGCGAGCUUCCCCGCCGACCUCGCCGCCGGCGUGCUCCUCACGCUGCAAGGGCUGUGGUUCUACCAGACGGCGCUCACGCUGUACGGGCCCAUGCUCCCGGCCGAGUGCGGCGUGGACGCCGACGGCCACGUCGACUGCCGCAGCCGCGCCGCGGAGGAGCGCGCCGAGCAGCUGGCCAACCUGCAGCUGUUCGGGGUCGUGUUCGUCGCUUUCGUCUACGUGCUUGGGUGCUACGCCGUCGCGGCAGCGAGGUACGGGCACCCGGACCUCGCGGCGAUGCAUGACGAGCACGCCGCGGCAUACGAGUGCCGUGGCGGGGUUGGCUCCAGGACCGAGGUCGAGUGUGUGGCUGUGUAGUGUUCGGAUGGAGAUUUUGAGGCCAGAUGAUUUAACAUCUCUGCAUAAUUCUUUAUUUUUAGAAUCACUCCGUUUACGUAUAAUCAAUCCAAACAA